AUGGAGGCGGAGGAGAGGACAGAUGGCACAGGCGGGGAAGUCCCAGAGAACAGGUCGUUGCUUGUCCUCUACGGAACAGAGACUGGCAAGAGCCAGGAGAUUGCCCAGGAAGUUGGCAGAGCUGCGGAGAGUCAGCGCUUUCAGACGCAGGUCGAGGAGAUGAACGAUGUGCCUCUGAAAGAAUUAGCACAGUGCUCGCUUGCAGUAUUUGUUACUUCGACAACUGGUCAAGGAGACAUCCCAGCCAAUGCCGCCACCUUCUGGAAGAGCAUCCUGAGAAAGAAACUGCCUCCGGAUUGCCUGAGCCAGCUUAAAUUCACCAGCUUUGGGCUUGGUGAUAGUUCCUAUCCAAAGUUCAACUGGGCUGCGAGGAAACUGCACAAACGCCUCUUACAACUUGGCGCCGUCGAAUUCUACCCGGCUGGAGAAGGGGACGAAAGGCACGACAACGGCAUUGACAGCAUUUACUUGCCCUGGUUUGAGAACCUCAAGGCACGUCUUUCCGCCGAUUUUCCACUUCCACAGGGCAUCGACCCGAUCCCAGACGACGUCCUUCUUCCGCCAAAGUACCCGAUUGAGUUGGCCGAGAUGGACUCCGUGUCGGAUGAGGAGCGUUGGGAGGCGAAUCGCGAAAAGCAUGCAGCGCUCAGUCACGUCAACAACCCCAAAAGCGACAAAGAGGAACGUGAUGACGAGACUAUUCGCCGUAUCGACGGCUUUGGGCAAGCGUUUCGACGAGGUGACUUUGGCGACAGACCUUACAGCGAUCGUGAUCUUGUCAAUCUUGACAAAGAUAACAUCCUGAAAGACCAUCCGAUAAACUACGAUCUCCCCUCUGCCGGAAACGAAGACAAGCUACCUUACACAGAUAAACUGCCUCCGCCAAAGCUGAUCUCGGUUCCCCAAGUCUAUCGAGCAGAAUUGGUCGACAACCAACGUGUGACUCCUGAAACACACUGGCAGGAUGUGCGCUUGCUCAAGAUACGCGUCCACAGAACACCUCGGAGCGAUGACCUAUUGCCGUCUCUUAUGCCCGGCGACACACUGACAAUCUUUCCCAAGAACUUUCCAGCUGACGCCCAGGAAUUAAUCGACUUGAUGGGCUGGAACGACAAGGCAGACAUGCGCAUCAUUUGGAAGUACAGCACCAGCUCUAUGGACAAGGGCCUCUCAAACCUUGCGGAAGGAGGUAUGAGAUGCCCUCGAAAGCUUCACCCCACCAAGAACGCCACCAUCCGCGAUCUGCUCAUUCACAACAUCGACUUCAAUGCGAUCCCUAACCGCACUUUUCUCAAGGACUUGCGGCGCCAUACUGUGGACGAGCGCGAGAAGGAGCGCUUGAUGGAGCUUACAUCGGAGUCGAAUACCCAAGAAUUUUAUGAUUACACCUCACGUCCCCGGCGCACAAUUCUGGAAGUGCUCCAUGACUUCCCUGGCGUGAAGAUACCGAUCGACUAUGCCCUGGAGACGUUUCCUUUCAUCCGCGGACGCGCUUUCAGCAUCGCUAAUCACAGCAAUUCCCACGAAUCCAUUAAGGCAAAGCAGCACGAUAUUGAAAUCCUCGCGGCCAUGGUUGAAUACAAGACAAUUAUUCGCAAGCCCAGACAGGGUCUUUGCUCCAGGUAUCUCAAGUCUCUGAAAACAGCCGUCGGCACAGGAACCGGCAUUGCCCCAAUACGUAGUCUUAUCCAAGAGCGCAACCUUUAUCAUGACCUUGGGCGGACAGUGCUGUUUUUCGGCGCGCGUAACAGGGAGGCGGACUACUAUUACGGCUCCGAAUGGAAGACUUAUGACAAGCUUCGUGUCAUCGAGGCAUUUUCAAGGGACCCCAUCGUUGAGUCCGAUAUGCCCUUCCUCGACCCCUACACCAAGAAGAAGCAGAAUGCGUUCAAGCCCGAACCCGACAUUUUCUCUGGGGCGGAGCGGAUGACUGCAGAGAAUACACCGUGGCUGCAGAGCGUCGACUACGACCGGGGGAAAAUGUACAUCCAGCACCAGAUACGGCGGUUUGCGGAAGAUAUAUGUCAUGUGAUUAAUCGGUCUGACGCGGUGCCGAUCUUCGUGAUCUGUGGAAACGCAGGCAGGAUGCCGAUUUCUGUCCGUCGUGCGUUGGAGGAUGCGCUGGUCAUCGGGGGCAAGGCGAAGAACAACGACGAAGCCAAACGAUUUCUUCAAGUCGCGGGAAUAUGGAUGGAGACUUGGUAG